AUGCCAGGUGCGUCGCCAACUGACGAGAAAGCCGACCAAAAGAAAUCGCAAAACCCUGAAAAGUCAGACGGCAACUCACCAGUCGAUACUGAGAGCGUGACGUUCUUGCUUGACUCACAGCAAACAAUACUCAUCAACAACAACGACCCUUAUCUUCCUCGCGCUUCUUACAUUGCCCGCGUACACACCGACAGACUACACUUUAGUGGCUUGGCACAAACGGUGAGACUAGAAAUGAUAAUAAACGUUUUUCUAUCGCUACCCACCUUCUCCUCUACAUCUCACAAGAUUUCACAGAAGAUGUCUCACUCUUUCGUUCCUACAUUCAAUGGCACCUACCAGCAAGCAAACUGCGUGAAUGAUGGUUCUAACCAGCGCAAUACCUUCGGCUCAGCUCCCGAUAGCACUACGCAAGAUCACCAACCCACCGUCGUAGCCCCACAAAGCAUCGGGGACCGGAUCGUCAGUCUGCUUGAUCCACUACGCAAAGACUUCAAUGCCUACGACGCUGAGACAACUCCUGCCCUUGAUAGACGUAUCACAACUAUAAGCCAGAACAUCGCUGCUCUUAUUGCCAGCAAUGAAGAGAAGUAUGGCCGAGUCGCAAAACCAGAGAACGUUCAUGUUAUGACUCGGAACUUCAAUGGUAUCGACGGUGUGGUCUAUCUGGGAAUAUUCGUUACUGGAGCCAAUGUUUUUCAUGAAGUGAUAGGCGUUGACGUCGAGGACAAGAACGAUGCCAUUGAAAAGCUUGGUUCUAAGAUGGAAGGAAAGCUUGGGCGCUCUCUCGAUAAGCGCUGA